AUGGAAGAAAGGUGAUGCUGUUUAAAGUCACUCGAGGCACCCAUGGCUUCUCGUGUAGAUGAGAUAGACUUUUAAGUACGACAGAUUACUUUCUUUGUUGAAUUACGCCCUUUUCCUCAGCCGAUCAAACAGGCAUUAUACAUAAGCGAUUGUAGGUAUAAGUUUCUUCUUCUGUUGGGUUCCGACUUCGAUCAAAUCCGUUUUAAGUUGAUAGUGUUUCUUUGCGCCACUUCUUACGACGAAGUCCUUCUUAUUAUUGUAAUGUAAUAAGAGUAUGUUGUAGUGGACGUCAGUAGUGAUCUGAGCAAAGACUCAUCGAGUUCAUUUGCGAUAAGUUCACAAAGUCAUGUUUUGGACUGACUUAACAAAUAUUUCUUGUCAUCUGAGUUACGUUUUCCAAAAUCACGGAUUUUACCGGAGUUCCAAAAAAAUUCAGGUCGCCCAGUCAGGUCGGGACGUUCUUUAUCUUUGCAUUUACUCGGGAUUAUCAUUUUACAAGCACACUUGAUUUUAUACGGUUCUAGGUUCGGAAGUAUUUGUGAGGAGAAAAUUAACUUGGAAAAGUCAAUUCUCGAUACGAAUACGAAACUGACGGCUUCCGAAAACCAGUGUAUCCACUUGGAGGCCGAGUUACGCUUAAGCCAAGGGCUUGUGCAAGAUCUGCAGACAAAAGUCAGCCAAAACAGUCAAAUUAGUUCUCAGUUGGAAUCAGUCAAGAUGCAAUUGGAAGACAGCAUUGGGGUAAGAACCGCUAUCUGAACCUCGUCUUACGUGUGAAAAGAAAACCUCUGGGUUUUGCAGUGAUCCGGAGUACCUCAUACCGAUUUUAUGGAGUAUAAAUGAACUCUUACACUAAAUGUCAAGAUGUGUCUAAAAUGCAUUAAUUAGGUCAUUCCAAAACCACUAGAUUUAUUUCGACCGUGGGGUCGGCAGUCACUGGCAUGUCCAUGUCGUGACCCGUGUUAUUGUGGGGGUCACUGGGACACUGGAUCAACCCCUGCCUUAUUAACCCCCCCGAACCACAUGAACUGCUGUGUCCGUCCCGUUGCCCAUCGGCAUUUAUGCUGUUGUACUAGGUCAGCACAAGUCCCAGGAAAACGAGACCUGUCUAUCAGCCUAGACGCGUUCACAGGCGGUGAAUAAUUGAACGGCCGUUAACCAUAUAUGCCUGUCAUAUAAGCGGAUGAGGAUACUCAUCUUCGAAUUCAGCAGCCACGGUAAAUGAUCCAUAAACCAAACGACUUCACUCGCCCCUCCCCCCCGUAUGGAGGGCCACACCCGAACUUAAUUUCGAGCUACAAGAGGGCCACAUCCCGCACAGUCUUUCUGGACUUAACGAGGGCCAAAAUGAUCAGUUUCCCCUUCCCAUCCCACAACUACGACAACCGCGAUCUGAGUUACUCCUACUUAUAGAAGGUCUUUCACCAGACAGUGUCCACUGCUACUGGACGAAUCGUCAGGCUUGAUUUGACUGUCGGUGGCGCCCCAUGAUUUUCGUCUACGGAGGAAACCAUUGGCUGGCUGGAGAGUCCAAUAUAGUGGGACUUCCCAAUGCGUCACUAAAUUUUUCAUCUGUUGAAGGAGUUUUUAGAGCCGGAAAAAGCACGCUUAGCAGCCAACGGUCGCAUGGUGCGGGAGGACGACAGUUGGAUGCUGUUUGCUCUUUAGAAAAUACAUAACCGCUGUCUGCGUAGGGAGGUAAGUGUGAAGUUUUUCUGAAGGUCCUUCCUAGGCACAUUAGGGGUCUCCAAAUGCAGUAGCUUUCGAUUCCACCAUCGCCUGAGGGUACAGGCACAGCAACUUGGUUUUUCCGCUUGGGUAGAAAACCCUUUGGGCUGGCGGGGUAACAAUUCUCUACCUGCGAAUCAGCCCUUUGAAACUGGAUUGAAAACGUUACGCUGUGGUAGAGUUUGCGUAUGCGCUGGAAACGUUUUUUAUAUGAGGGAAUUAUUUUAUUCUUGGUACAUCUUAGAGACUUUCCCAAAACACAAAGUCUGUGGAACCAGGAUAGUUUGUUUUUUUACACGACUGAACCUUAGGUGGUUUAAAGAUCGGUCGUUAGUGAACCUUGGUGUAACUUUGCCAACAGGGCGUGCUUAAUUAGCAAACUGUUGUUUUGAAUUAUGAUAGUCUGCCAAAUUAACGGUCAGGCUUAUUCGCGAGUGGCAGUGACGGUGUUACUGACUUCUUCAAUGAUCCUGAACUGACGCUGUUUGAAAGUUAACAGCCCUAUAUAUUGUCUGUAGAGUUGUUCAACCGCCGGUGGAAAUCACUAAAAUUUGGUUUAUUUUUUCAGACUGUGGGUUCUCAGCAGAAACAGAUCGUGGAGUUAUCCUCGCGUUGCUCGAGCCAGGAGACUAGUCUCACAGAGAUGGCACACAAGGUAGAGUCUGCAAAGUUGGAGGCCGAGCGCCUUCGUGAGAGGCUUCAGGCUCUCAGCAUGGCUGAGUGGAAAAGUGACGCGGACACUGGGGUCUGCACACAGUGCAGUGCGCCGUUCGGUCUCAGUCGAAGGAAGGUAACUACCUAUAAGUAUGUAGUUAUUUGGACGUUGUUUUCUCCUAUCCAACCUGAUUGUAACAUUUCACUUGAUCAUUCCUUUGUCUUCCUGAUCUUUCGAACUCGUGCAGAAGUCCGCAGUCCGCAACGACAGUUAUAGGGGCAUUAGCCAAUCAGAAUUAUGACGUAGAUGACGGCGCAGGGCGCCCGAUCGACUAAGGCCUCAUCCGAGGAUCAAGCUUCAAUAAAUUUUCGAAAGCUCUGGAAAAUGUGCAGAUAGUUCGGGUGCUCGAUUAAUUUUCUACCUCUCUCAUACAUGUAUCCGGAAUUCUCGAGCAUUCGUGAACAAUUUUUUCCAUAAUUUAGGUAACUUUCUUUCCAUCCUUUUAAUGCCCAAGCCUUUACCGCAUUGCCUUUUCAGCACCAUUGUCGAAACUGCGGCCUUAUUUUCUGCUACGAGUGUUCCGCGUACCGUAUGACCCUCCCCAGUUCCUCAAAACCCCUGCGUGUCUGUGAACCCUGCCACAAUCAACUCCUUGAACGUUAUUCUACUACCACCAAGUGA